AUGAAGCUCAAUCUAAAGGUGUCAAAUGGCCUCGGUCUUGAGUAUUUUCACAAGUUAAUGUGUCAGUAUUUGUGAAUGCAAAAUUUAAAAAGUUUCUGAAACAUGUUUAAUACCUAAUACGGAUUUUUUUAUGCGCACUGUUAAAAAUACAACACAACAACAAUUGUAUAAAUUGUUGUGAGUAAGUUUGAAAAUAUUGUAAACAUUUAUUGGUUGAAAUCUAUUACAUUAGUGUAUGUGCUGAAAGGAAGAAAUUAGUGUUUAGAACCUGUGUUUGUGCUCCUCCCCUUCCCCACCCUCCCUCACUCCAUCUCCUCCUUCAUCGUUUUCUUUCUCUUUCUUUUUAGUUUUGUUCUAUUUGCAGUCAAGAAAAAUGGCUGAGGCGAGUAUUUCAGUAGAUCAUGAUCAGUUCAUCUGUUCAGUGUGUCUGGAUCUCCUGAAGGAUCCGGUGACUCUCUCCUGUGGUCACAGUUUCUGUAAGGUGUGUAUUAAUGACUGCUGGGAUCAGGAGGAUCAGAAGGACGUCUACAGCUGUCCUCAGUGCAGAGACACUUUCACACCAAGGCCUGUUCUACGCAGAAACAACAUGCUGGCUGAAGUGGUGGAGAAACUGAAGAAGACUGAAGUUCAAGCUGCUUCUCCUGAUCACUGUUACGCUGGACCUGGAGAUGUGGAGUGUGAUUUCUGCACCGGGAGAAAACACAAAGCCGUCAAGUCCUGUCAGGUGUGUGUGGCUUCGUUUUGUGAAACUCAUCUCAAACCUCACUAUCAAAUUCAUGGAUUAAAAAAGCACAAGUUAGUGGAAGCUUCUGGAAAUCUACAAGAGAAGAUCUGCUCUGAACAUGAUAAAGUGCUGGAGAUCUUCUGUCGUUCUGACCAAAGCUUCAUCUGUUAUCUGUGUAUGACGGAUGAACACAGAGGUCAUGACACAGUCACAGCUUCAGCAGAAAGAACUGAAAAACGAGAGGAGCAGCUGAAAUUCCAGCAGAGACUCCAGGAGAAGCAGAAGAAGGUGCAGGAGCUGAAACAGGCUGUGAACACUAUAAAGCUCAGUACACAGACAGCAGUGGAGGACAAUGAGAGGAUCUUUACUGAGCUGAUCAGCUUCAUGGAGAAAAAGCGCUCGGAGGUGACGGAGAUGAUCAGAGCUCAGGAGAAGGCUGAACUGAGUCGAGCUGAACGACUCCUGGAGCAACUGGAGCAGGAGAUUAAUGAUCUUCAGAGGAGAGUCACUGAGAUGGAGAAGCUUUCACACACACAUGAUGACAUCCAUUUCCUCCAGGCUUUAGUCUCUGGUCAUUGCUUUCUUCCAUACAAUAGACCAGAUUUUCAGUCUGAUCUCUGUGAGGAUUCGUCCAGCAUCACUUUCAGUCAACAUCUCUCAUUUCAGAGAGUGAGGAAAUCUUUCUCUGAUCUGAAAAAGAGACUUGAGGAAAUCUGCCAUGAGGAAUUCAUCAACAUCCCUGAAGAUGCUGCAGGACUUCAGAUAAUUUUACCCUCAGAACCAAAGAGUAGAGAUGAUUUUCUGCACUAUUUCUGUGAUCUGACUCUGGAUCCCAACACAGUAAAUUAUCACCUCAUUCUGUCUGAGAAGAAUAGAGCGGUGUCGAGCAGUGAGAGAAAGCAGAUAUACCCUUUUCAUCCAGAGAGAUUUGACUGCUACAGUCAGGUGUUGUGUAAGGAGACUGUGUGUGGACGCUGUUACUGGGAGGUGGAGUGGAGCAGUCAGGGAUGUGUAGAAAUAUCAGUCUCAUAUAAAAACAUCAGAAGGAAAGGACUGGGUGAUAAGUGUGUGUUUGGACUCAAUAAACAUUCGUGGAGUCUGGAAUGUUCUUCUUCUUCUCUCUCUUUCUCUCACAACAACAUUAAGACCGAGUUCGGUGUUCCUUCUCCGUCCAGAAUAGGAGUGCAUGUGGAUCACAGUGCAGGAACUCUGUCCUUCUACAGCGUCUCUGACACCAUGAAGCUCCUCCACAGAGUCCACACCACAUUCACUCAGCCUCUAUACGCUGGGUUCUGGCUGCCUUGUUAUGGGUCAACUAUCAGAUUCAAAUGAUCAAGAAUAACAUCUUGAGUAACUUUUUUUUUUGGAUUUCAUAUUUUUAAUCAAUACUAUUAAAGCUUCUUUAUUUA